AAUUUUAAACAGCAUUCCAAUUUACUUCUAUUAUCUAAUUUGCUUAAUUCAUUAGAUAUCCUUUGUUAAAGAAAUAGCAAUGCACAUGGGUGAGCCAAUCACAUGAGGAAAAUAUGUGCAGCCACCAAUCAGAAGCUACUAGAUAUCUAGAUAUGCUUUUCAGGAAGGAAUAUCAAGAGAAUGAAGCAAAUUAGAUAACAGAAGUGAUUUAAAAAAUUGUUUAAAAUGGUAUUAUCUAUCUAAAUCAUGAGAAAUAAAAAUGUUUAAUGUCCCUUUAAGUCAUUUUUACACAUGCAUUGGGCCAGUUUUAUCAUCCUCCCAGCAGACAAGGUACACAGGAAGGGAACCUCACGGUGAGCCAUUGUACUGCUGCACCUGUUCAGUGAUUCUCUCACAUGUGGCAGCUAUAGAACACCAAUACUACCAUCUAUGAACUUGCUAUGAAUGUAUUUUGGGAUCUCACAUUGCUACUUUUAGUAAUUAAUGGGACUUUCCACUGCACUCCCUGCAACACUAUAACAAUUUACCUGCAUCUCAGCAGCUGAGGUUCACACAUAGUCAUUGUUUAUUUUUCAGACUUUGCUUGUCAUCACAGUAAAUAUAAAUUUUAUUAUCUGUUGGAACCAGGUAUAGAGUAAUAUGUGUGUGAUGGCUCUGAAAAUGUUCCUCUUGCUGAAUCUAAAAUCAUACAGUCUCAAGAUCAAGAAUCUACUCUUCAGAAUGAGGGGUCACGUGGCAUCUAGAUAUCACGUGACUGACGUAAAGAUUGUAAUUUCUAACUCACAAUACACUGCUCUUAGAGUCUUAAAAGGGGGCGGCACAUUGACUGUGUCUGUUUCUCAGCAAAAUUAAAUCCAUAUACCCAUGAGGUGUCUAAUGCAAGAAGGAAGAGACUACUCUUUCAAAUGAGGUGAAACAUGUCCCAAAUGAUGUCAAAUGGUUGAUGAAGAAACAGAAAAUAUUUAAUGCACAAGACCAGGGGCUGACAACCUUUUGCGAGCACUUUGCCCACCUAUCAAGUCUUUAAAGUGAUGGUCAAGCAUAGCAUUUCUCAAAGGCUAGUCUGUAUCUAAGGGUUAAUAUAAAUGGACCUUCAGUCAUCAAGUUUAAACAUGUAAUAAAACAUACCUUUAUUUUAUUUCUCUUUAGCAAAGCUAAUGUUUUUUCACUAGGCAGCCUUUGAACCUCUUCUCCAAUAGUUGUGCUAGGCAUACGGCACUCAACAGUGACAUAACCACAUGCUUCUAUUCAAAACUGAAAUGCACCUGGCUGUAAUGUCCCUUUAACAUGCGCAUUUAAUCUUUUUUUAAUUUGCAAUGGGUACCUUUUUUUGUUGAGUUUAAUGUCCUCUUAACAGGGAGGGACUACAAAGCAAUAAAAUAUAUAAAGCACAGACGUAUGUGAUCUGAUCGCACUAUAAAUUCCUUAAAGGAAGAAGGUGUGUUAGUUAACCAGGCAGUUUUGCUGUUCUGUGACUGCAUCUCACCUUCUAGUUUGGGUAUACGCCUGCAGACGGCAUGGCUGGUGCAAAACUGCUGCUUUUAUCUGUAUGUGUUGGGCUUGUUGCCUAUUACUACUUCACUACUGACACUUUUACUCCAGAAAAACACCCCCAGGACAGCAUGGCUGGAGUAAAGCUGCUGCUCCUCUCUCUGAGUGUGGGGCUUGCUGCAUAUUACUUCUUCAGAACAGAGACUCUAAAACCAGAGUUGGUGCGUGGCAAGCGGGUGCUGGUGACUGGUGCCAGCACAGGUAUUGGGGAACAGCUGGCAUAUCAGUUUGCAAAGUUGGGAGCCAGAGUGAUCAUCACAGCUAGGAGAGAAGAACGUCUCAAAGAGGUGGUAAAGAAAUGUCUGGAACUGGGAGCAAGUUCUGCCCACUAUGUGGUGUCUGAUAUGGGAAAUUUGUCUUCAGCUCAGAAUGUGGGGGAAGAAACUCUGAAAGAGCUGGGAGGCUUGGAUUAUCUGGUUUUAAACCAUGUAGGGGGAAAUUCUGCUUUUGGUAACUUUAAUAGAGACAUGGAUACUGUACGGAAUUCUCUCACCAUAAAUUUCCUGAGCUACGUACAGGUGACUUCUGCAACUCUUAGUGCACUCCAGAAAUCCCAAGGGAGCAUCAUAAUCAUGUCUUCCAUGAGCGGACGUAUAGGAGCACCUUUUACUGCUACUUAUUGUGCAUCCAAGUUUGCACUGGAAGGAUUUUACAGCUCGCUUCGUAGAGAGUUUUCACUGCGUGACCAGAAUGUAUCUGUGACCGUGGCUGUGCUGGGUUAUAUUGAUACAGAAAGUGCUUUAAGGAAAGUUGGUGACAAAGUGACCAUGGUGGCUUCGCCUAAAGAGGAAUGUGCUUUUGAAGUGGUCAAAGCAGGUGUCCUGAGACAGCCGGAGCUGUUUUACCCAUACUGGGGCAUUAGGUUAUUUGUCUUAUUAAGAGAUUGGGCUCCAGGGUUGGUGGGGAAAAUACUAGAUAAAUUCUAUGUCCUAGAAAAUAUAACACAAUAAAAAGUGUUUGUAUAUAUAA